GAGGAAAAAAAAACUUCAAUUAAGUAGCACCUUGACUUUCAGUUAUUUUAUCCAUUCAUCCAAAGUGGUUGUUAGUUAGUUGCAGACAAAAAUGGUGGCAACUGUAGUUGCAGCAGCAGCAUCAUCAGCAUACACUAACAUACACCUCACAGAAAUUUCCGCUUCAAAAUCAAUGGAAUUGAGAUGGGUAAGAACAAGAAUCACCAAAACCUCACAACAACUUAACAACAGCAAACAAAAAUUGCUAUCCACACCCCUUCUCCCAGUUUACAUUUCCACUAACCCACGCCACGUCGAUCCUCAAAAUAUCCGAGACCUCUGUUCCACUUGCAACCACUCUUUCAACAGAUUCCCCAACCUCAAAAACUCCGAAACCUCUGAACCUGUUGAUAUCAACAAGCUUCGCAUUGCUCUUUCUCAUAGUGAUGUUCUUGUUUCUGUCUUCUGUAAACCUCAUCAUGUUGAUGGUUUAGCUGAAUCUUCAUCUUCUUCUAUUGUGGAUUUCUUCACGCCGGUUUCACCUUCACGUGAUUUGUUGGUUGGGUUUGGUCGUGCUGUUUCGGAUUGUGGUCUCACUGCUUCUAUUUAUGAUGUCAUGGUUAUUCCAUCCUUGCGGAGAAUGGGAAUUGGAAAAAUUAUUGUUAAAAAAAUUGUGAGAAUGCUUACAACCAGAGACAUCUAUGACAUAGCAGCCCUUUGCUCAGAGGAUGAGAGGUUGUUUUUUAAGGCUUGUGGAUUUGGUGGUGACAUUUUGGACGCUACUACCAUGAUGUACACAAGAACCGCUUCGCCAACAAUCCAGGAAGGCGAGCAAACCGUCAUAUGCGCAGGCCGAAAGCUAUUAUUGGUUCCACCUCUGAUUGAGAGAUCCUACAAACCAUCAAGGACAAUAAUAUAGAGUCAUGCUUCACUCACUGUAUAAACAACCAGCAAAAAGAAUAUUGUUGUCUGAUCAACCAGAAAAUGUUCAAAAUAUUACUGUUUUAUAGUCGUUCUUUACUGGUGUAUAUUCAACUGAGCAGGGAAAAUUUGUAGUUGCAAGAUUCUUUUGUCAUGCUUUCACUGUAAAUGUGAGAAGUAUUGUGACUUCUGUAAGAUCAUACUUCUGUAUAAAGCAUAUCCUAAAUUCACCUUCUAAGGAUUUCAGUGUCA